CACGUAACUUGCAUUUUGUUGUUAUGUUUCCAUACAAACACAAGAUAACAAAGUUAUAAGGAGAAAAAUAAAAUUUAUUGGACAACUAGGAUCAGUUUCAAUUCAGUUUAACUUGAUAAUGUUGCAGUGUUAACGUGUUAGUGGUGUUUUCUACUACGUUCUCCAUGAAUUCGUAUUUCUUGGGGAUAUAUACCUAACCUCAAAACGUUUUGUAAAUAAACCGAAAAAGUAGGUCGAUCCCGCGAUCAAAGAACCAUGACCGCGGAAGGUGUUAUGGUGUCCUACAAUUACUCAGAAGACGAGGAACACGCAAAUAUCCUGACGGUAUCAGCAUCAGGCCUCCUAUUUUCAAAUCGAUGGGUCCUCACUCACGGAUCCAUCCUGUCACCAUUAAAACAAGCCCAAGCGAUACAGAAUUUAAAAGGAAAACCUAUUCUCAACGACGACUUUUACGACAAUUUGCCAGAAAUCCACGUGACUUGUGAGAAGAAGUCGUCGAAUGUGCCAAAUGUGUACGAAGGCGUGGAAAAGAUGAGUCGGGAGAGAAACAUGGACGGUGAUGCUGACUUUGAGCAUAGCAGCUAUCAGAUUAGAGUGCUGACUGGCAGAAUCUGCCAUAUUUGGCAGUGCCCGAUCCUGGACCGCUGCGUGGACGACAUUCUUUACAGCUGGACCAUAGGCCAUCGAGAUGGUGACGUGGACAAACAGUCUCAGCUGGGCAAGACCUUGUUGUCUGUGUUCGUAUUGGUCGACUUGGAUGAUGACAGAGGCGUGAAAUCUGUGAGGCCAUUAUCAGAACUGUUCGACAUGGUGAGGCCUGCUCCCCAAAGGGGAUCUACCAUAGAGGUUCACUCCACGCCGUUCGGUUGCGAAGUGUUUUUGAACGCUGUGACUCGAGGCACGAUAUGCGGCGUGGUGGGUAAGAAGCCCUCCCUACUGCUGACUGAUACUUCCACAGCCCUCGGCUCCGAAGGGGGGCCAGUCUUCACCGAGGGGCCUACCAAGGAAUUAGUGGGUGUGGUUGUAUGCAGCGUGGCGUGGUGGCGCGGCGAGUGGGUGGGGUUGACGCUGGUGGCGCCCCUACUGUCGGUGCUGGGCGCCAAGUUACACGUGAUGCCACCAGCGCCCGCCAAGCCGGUGGGGAGUCAUCCAUAUAGUGGUGUUUUAGAACGCAUCGACAGCACCGCGGUGUUAGUUCGCUGCGGCGCCGCGUGGGGCGCUGGCGUGCACUUGGGUGCAGGGUACGUCAUCACAUGCGCACACGUCGUCACCAAUUACACAAUCUACAAAGUAUCGGUGUACUGUAAAGGUGUAAAGGAGACAGCAAUAGUCCGUUACAAGACCACAGACGAUAAGGCUUACGACCUGGCCUUACUAUACAUGAAUCCACAAUAUUGGACGCAUCUGCAGGCAGCUGUGUUGGCGAGCGAGCCUGCUGAGAAAGGAGAACCAGUGCUGGCGGCUGGCUACCCGUACUUCAGCGAGAGGGACCUGGAGCCGCUGCGACCCACGGUCACCAGCGGGCACGUCAACAGCACGUCACCGUCGCUCCUGCACACUUCGUGCUGCGUGCAGUCCGGGUUUAGUGGCGGUCCAAUCUUCCGAGUGACCAAAGACAACGCUGUAGAAGUCUUAGGAAUUAUAGUAUCCAGUGCCAAAACACACAACGGCGCGUGUUACCCUAACAUCAACAUGGCGGUGCCCGUCAGGGCUUUUGCGCAAUUGCUCAAUAACUUCCUACAGGAUAAAGAUGUCAGCAAACUUUCGACGAUAGAGAACAACAGAGAAAUGAUACAAUCGCAAUGGAGACUGAUGCCAUAUCGGUCAAAAAUAUAGUCUAGACUUGACAAAAUACCUUAGUAUGAGGCAAUUUGGACAUUGUUAAGAAGUGAAAUAUAAAAUGUUAUUACUUCUGUGAUGUUAAUUUAGGUUUUAAGGUGACAAUUUUUUAAUAUUUUUGUAAAUAAUAUAAUUUUUAUUUAGCUAAUAUUUAUUAAAUUUAAGUGGCUUUAUAAUUCAUGUACGAGUAUGUACUGAACAAUUUUAAUAAAACAUUGCAAUAUUUAUUGUAGUAGCUUUUAAUUAUUAUUAGCGGCCCCUCCGAGUCUAGCACGAUAUCCCUUGAAAA